GCCCUUUGUUUGGAGAAGAAAUCUUAUCAUUCAGGCUGCAGAAUCAGGACUCCAUUGAUUUCCUUUGCAUCUGGAGGAUGCCAUCUGAGCUGUCGUCUGAUCGCGUCUUGUGUCUUCAUCUGGCAUAAUAUUCUAAAGAGCAAAAUCAGGUUACCUGGAUGACAGGAUGGCAGCGUCAAACUUGGAGAACCAGUUACACAGUGCCCAGAAGAAUCUUUUGUUCCUGCAGCGGGAACAUGCCAACACGCUCAAAGGCUUGCAUGCUGAGAUCCGGCGCCUGCAGCAGCACUGCACAGAUUUAACCUAUGAGCUGACUGUAAAGAGUUCAGACCUGACGGGAAAUGGUAAUUCAAGAAGUGAUGAACUCAGAAGGAAAUGUGAAGAACUUGAAGCUCAGCUGAAAGUCAAAGAGACUGAAAAUAAUGAAUUUUUAAAGGAACUGGAACAAAAAAAUGCAAUGAUAAUGGUGCUGGAAAACACCAUCAAAGAAAGAGAAAAAAAGUAUUUAGAAGAGUUAAAAAUGAAAAGCCAUAAGCUAAAUAUGUUGUCAAGUGAACUAGAGCAGCGAGCAAGCACUAUUGCAUAUCUGACUUCACAGCUCCAUGCAACCAAGAAAAAGCUCAUGAGUUCAAGUGGGACUUCUGAUGCCACCCCAUCUGGAAGUCCAGUGUUGUCCAGCUACAAGCCAGCCCCUCCUAAAGACAAGCUACCUGAAACUCCACGACGCAGAAUGAAGAAGAGUCUGUCAACACCACUCAACCCAGAAUUUGAAGAGGCCUACAGAUUAGGAUCGGAUGGCCGAAAGCUACUGUUACGAGAGCCUGUCGAUGCUAUGCCUGAUCCUACUCCAUUUUUACUGGCCAGGGAGACUGCAGAGAUACACCUAAUCAAAGAAAGGCCUUUAGUUAUUCCACCCAUUGCUUCAGAACGUACAUCAGGUGAGCCACACAGUCCAGCCCGGGAGAAGCAGCACAAGGCUCACAUUGGGGUGGCGCACAGAAUUCACCAUGUUGCACCAUCCCAGCCUCAGCCAGAGGUUGAGACGUUGGCAGUGGAUCAGGUCAAUGAAAGUAAAGUGGUCAGAAAGCACUCAGGGACGGACAGAACUGUUUAAGCAAAGUAAUGUGAUGUGAUGCUCUAUUCUGUUGCUAUUUCUGCACUGUGAUCAAAUAGGAUAAAUCUCAUCUGCAGUAAAGUUUCUUUUAAUACCCCAUGCAUGCCAAAUUUUUUCCAGAUCUGUCAUUAGAUUAUCAUACUUAAUGAAACCCAAAUAUGACUGUGUUCAUACUGCAAAGUAUAUAAAUGCUGUGGCCAAAUCAGGUGUACCUGACUGCUUGCUUCUAAGUACUACUCCAUUAUUAUAACUGCACAUGUGGACAAAAGCACAGGCUACAGUCUGCAUUAUUAAUCAAUAUUAACAAGAAACAGAUAAACUUAACUAAUUAUAAACCUGCAGCAAUAUGUAUUGGCUGAUAACUUUUAAAAUGUCAAUGUUUCUUUGAUGUCUCCGUAGUGUGUAUGUAGCACUUCAUACACAGUCACUAACUUUUGUGACAGAGCCACUGUGACGGCAGCACUGAAAAAAACGCAGAUGUAUAUACAUGAUUAGACGACCUAAGAAAGAACUCUUCUUCGCAUGGUCUUGAUCACAUCCUAAAUUUACUUUUUUUUGUGACGUUCUUCUCCAAAACUGCAAGGGUCCCAACAAGCUUUUAUUUGAUUAACUCUGCAUUAUUUUGGUUUACAUCUAUAUUUAAACUAUCUUUAACAACUUCAAGUUAUUAUUCUGGGAGACUGGAGAAGAAAACAUGAAUCAGAAUUAUUAGCUAACAGUCCUCGUGGAGCGAGUACAAACUCUGUCCUAAUGGAAAGCCAGCUUCUGCUUUGGCAUUUAGAAAUGAUGCCUACUAUUUAAAUAUUACUACACUACUGAAUCCUUUGCACUUUCCACGCCUUCCUUACAAGGAUCUCAAAGCUGCUUACCAAGGUGUAAAAUACGUUCAAUGUCAAACCCUUUCAGAACUCGAAUGAUUUCAGUUAUGUUUUCUAAAUUCCCCUAGGCUCACUGCAUUCUGAGACAGUUAAGGAAGUUUUCAAAGCCCAAACGGUAGCUUGGGAGUUAUCUGGCAAUGUUACAGUGUAGGAGCCGCUGGUAUUCAGACUGAAAAGCACCUGUUAUCAAACAUACGCUUCAGGUAGUUAUAAGUGUGUCGGUUAUGGAGAGCUACCAAGGGAUAUGUGGCUUCUACUGAGGGAGGGAGAAAAUGGGAAAUAACUGAACUUCAAGAGACGAAAAUUCAAGUGGUUUUUUGCAUCAGCUCCUCAAUAUUUAAAAAAUAAUGUUUUAGCUGGGAUGCUGGGCAGUAAACUUGGGAGGGCUUAACCCAGACUACCCUCCCACCCCCAUGUCAGAUGCCAGGCUUCCUUGGCUAGGCUUUCGUAACCCUCAGCCCUAGUUCUCCAAAAAUUUUAUGGAGGUGGGGAAAUCUCAUGUGUUGUGCCUUACCUUUUCUCAUUCUGUUGGUAUGUGGGAGGGCAAGGGGCAGGGGAAUGUGGCUUGUCUUUGGCUUGGCGUAAGGGACUGUCCUCCAGCAGUGUGCUUGCCCCCUACAGAAAAAGGAAUCAGCUUGCUCAUAUCUGUAUUUGCGCUUUGAUUACUGGGGAAGAGCAUAAAGGGACCAUGAUCUGUUAGGUAUGCUCUCACCCCCCUCUUUGUGGUAUUGCUCUGUCUACUCAAUUGCAGUACAACCAGUGGAAAAUAAUGACUCCCAGCUCUUGCACAUAAAUAAGUGUGCCUUCAGCAAUGCAAUACUUCACACUGAUAAAGAUCCCUAUCUGCCUGUUGUUCCCCGUGGCACUGCAGCCUUGCCUUUACUCCUCUUUCCACAAUUAACACCCUGUGUGAUGCUGGUCUCCUCUGUCUUGGAUAAGUAUUAGUUUCCUGAGCACGAAAAAGGCCAUUUUUGCUAGUUUUGACACUGCUAAAAUGUACACUCGAGCAUACCCACAGGGUGCAGGGGCUGUAUCAGCAUUCUCGCAAGUUAGUGAGACACUGAUCUUGACUAGCCCCCAAAGGCUUGCUUCUUCAAAGACAGUCCACCAUCCCUUUGGCGUUAACCUGCUCAGCAUUUUCUGUCAAUCACAUGCACUGUGUUUUGGUAGUAUACACUGUUGUUUCAUGUUAGGAUUUCUUUAUAAAAGAAGAAGGCCCACGUCCUUGGAAAAUGGUUAAAAGAAGGUGCGUGGUUUUAAUGUUUUACCAUUUUAAAGUGUAUUGCAUUAACCAGCAUUGGUUUGGACUGUCGCCAUAUUUUUGUGGCAACCUGCUGUAUGACUGAACAACGCAAUUGUUUGUUCUCUGAUGGAAGAAGUCUCUUAAAAAGACACUAGAAGUGAUGCACUGGAUAAUUAAAAACAAGUUUCUUACAAUCAUGAAUGUUCCUUA